GACAAAUGGAACACCGAAUUCCGGCCAAUGUUUCGGUUCUGAUUGUCAGGAUCAUUUUCAGCGACGCUUCCGCGUUGGGCGUGGCGGAAGUGGCUAGGGAGCUUCUUUGGCAGAAUGAAUGCCAUAUUCUCGUGGACCGGCCCUGUGAGCUGACUGCUGCGGAUUUGCGGUUGCUGGGGCUGCAACCAUGGUUCAUGAAGGACGGUCAACGCCAUCAAAACCGGAGCUGGUGGGAACAUCUGCAGAACCAGCGGCAUUGGCUAUUUGUGGUUCGCCGUUCAGGCGCUUUGGCGCUGCUACUGCAAAUAUGUUUUGGCCCUACAGUUCGUCGCCGGCAUCUUCGCAGCAGCUCCUAUGGCCCAUUCCACAGCAAGUGGCCUUUUUUGCAAGUUCCAGAAGGGAUGCGGCCAUUGCCCAAACCGAUGAUUCCUUCUUUGCAACAUUUGCUGCAAGUGCCAGAGUCACCUGGAGUGGGUUUUGGGGCACCUGCAGCUGCAACAACGUGCCACUCGCGAUUGCACGCCAUGGCAGUGGUAGCACAAGUAUCACCAGAACUCGUUCAACACCAAGAGGUCGCGCUUGUAGUGCCGGCGAUUGUCGGGGAGGAACAAUUUGACGAGUUGAAGAUGAUACUUUCACGUGCUCCGUUGAGCUAUGUCGAGCUAUUCAGUGCGACGGGCAAUGACAUGGUGCCAAUAUGCGGAGGGCCAAUUCAAUGUCUGGCAGCCAUUUCAAAGUCUGGUGAGAAGACACCCACGGCUUUGCCUUUCACAGCUUUGCAGCAAGGAUUGGGUUGCGUCGCCAAAGACGUAUGGCUCUCGCUACAAGACGGCAAGCAAGGUUUGGCCAGAGUUGUGCUGUUUUCGCGAGUAGCAGCAGCCCAAGAAGUCCAGGCAAUGACCAAUCUCAGUUCGCAAGCGGCUGGCCAGGAUGUCAAGUGCAGCCUGCGUGAGGCUUACAAGUCUUUGGUGGACAAGAACGCUGCUUUGAUUUGGCGGCCUGGCCAUGUUGAUCAGAUCAUCGCCUCCGUUUGGCCACAGUUUGCAGUUCCGCGCGCAGACGGCUCGUUCUCGUUGUCCUUGGCAGAUCGUUGUGUGCGACUGGCUGGCCUUGACGGCGUAGAGCACGAUGCUGGCGUGUUGGCGACUGGCAGGCCUCGGCGAGAUUUGACGUCCUGGCCCAAAAGCGCGGUCAAGGAAGUGUCUCGCGAGAUUGGGACAGAGGUCAUGAUCUCGACACAGAGAUUUGACACUUUCCGCUGGGCAGCAAAAUGUCGAAGGAUCUUGGUGCAGGAAGUGGCAGACGAAAGGCACGCGUCCGCCAUGUCCAGCGCGCGGCUCGCGCUUAGAAAGCUGACGCUUCUAAAGCUCUGCAGAGGUUGCCACGGAACGUUCAGCUGUGCUGUGCUUCACUUCCCCCGCGAAGCUGCCGCGGAGGACCAUCUUUGGGCCAGCGUCGCUGUCCGAAAGGGAAUUCCUUGGCGACCCCUGGACAAGCAUCCUGAGGCCUACCUGCAGAAGACGCACUGUGCUGGGGUGAAGCUGACUGCGGCGGAGCUGAGUUCUUUGGAGGUGGAAGGCGGGCUCGUGGUGAAAGACAUCGGCGACGGAAAGGUACUCAAGGGCUGGAGGCUUUGCCCUGGUGGCGACUUGCCGAGUAGCAAUUGGGGCUGCGCGCCAAAGAGGAGGUUGGGCCUGGCGUCGUUGCUUGGCGUGGAUGUCAAGGGUUUCGGCGAUGGCGACGGGCUUACACACUGUGUGGCGUCGUUGGCUGCAACGCUUGCUGCUACGAACGAAACGGCAACGCUCUUCUUCGAAAAGGUUACUCAGGAGUUGGCGGCGCCAAUAUCCAAACAACAAGCUCUGAAAGCCGACCUUUGUUUGGAGGAACGGGGCGAGCAAAUAUUUGGUGACAUCAUCCCGGUGCCGCGGCGUCAGCACAUGCAGGCCGAGGCUAUGUUGAUUGGUGCAAAUCUCGCGCGAGUUGCGGUGUCUAACGAAGUGCCAAUUCAGUCCCAUGCUGCGUCGGCAGCUUUUCGCGACGCAACAAAGGCUUUGCGUGGAAUCUCUGAGUCUUUGAGGCAAUUGUUCAGUAGUGGCGGUAAUGCGCCGGACUGGCUUUGGCAGCCAAGCACCGUCUCAAGGACCUGUCUCAGACUUCUUUGCAAUGAACCAGUGGGUGAUGUCAUCGAAGCUUGGCGGCUUCUUUCGUCAGAAAAUAGAGUUACGGACGACCGCGAGUACUUCACGGAAUUGUUUCUGUCAUUGAGCUGCUAUGGUGAGUACAUCGCGGCGCCUGAAGCAAACUGCAUUGGCGUUGAAGGACUGUUCUUCGCAAGGAACGUGCUGGUGAAUUUUAAUGGUGCGCAGCCAACUUUGCGAUUGUGGGGCGCCCUGCCAGUCCUUGCAAAACCAGGGCGCUUCGCAGCACAGAUUUGGGCAAUGCUGCGAUUGGAUGAGAGCCUCAAGUCCUUUGGAGAGGCCCAGGAGGCCCUUUCUGAUGGGUUUUUUCAACGCUACUGUCAGGAUGCACCUGGUGGAGCGGAGAAAGCAGAACUCCGACUUCGUCUUCAUUAUGUGCUACUCUUAUUGGAAGCUAUUUGGAUGAAGCGGCGCAUGCCAAGAAACAAGGCCUUGGAAAGCGCGGGCGCCCAUUGCGAGCUGCCUGCAGAGGCUUUGCUGCGAGAGAUCCUGCGGCAGGAGGUCCUGCACAUUGCCGCCAUGUGGAAGCGAUUUGGUCUUGGCAAAGGAGGUGUCCGUGUCAUUCGGCCGCGCAAUUUCAUCAACCAACACAUCAAGAAGACAGGUUCAGCAGAAGACUUGAGUGAGACGGCACAAGGAGGUGCAGCUUGUACAUAGAGACAAUGUUUUGCUCUUGGAGCAUGGCUGAACUUGGCAAGGCUUACCUUGUCAUUGGUUCCCAAUGCUCGGUGGCCAACGCUACUUAUCAGACAAGCACGUCGAG